AUGGAUAGCUAUCCCCCUCCCCCUCCCCCUAAGUUGCGUGGCGACAUCAUCCUCGAGGUCUUCACCCACAAAUCCCUUCGCUUCCCGGGUGCUCCCACCAACGAGGACUCUGAAUAUGGCGAUAACGAACGCUUGUCUGUGCUCGGUGAGAAAGUCUUGGAGACCGCGGUAACAUUCUCUCUCUUUUCCAAGAGGCCGAUGUUGAAGGCGGAAGAUAUCGAGGCACAAAGACGAGAGGUGUUAUCCGAGGCCAAUAUAGAAUCCUGGAUCAUUGCCUACAAGUUCAGGGAGAAGCUGCGCUGCAGCCCUGAUGUUGUCACCACUCUGUCGGAACCCAAGGCACGUUUGCUAUUCUGUUCGUAUGUCGGCGCCGUCUUUGCUCAGAACGGGAUGGAGAUGGUGCAGAGGUGGAUUGGGCAGCUCGUUGACCCCGACUUUGAUCCCCCCAUGCAUGUCGAGCCUGACGGCGACAUGGAUGCCGCUAUCAAGAGGGUUAAGACGGAGUCUAUGGGCUCCCCUACCCCACCCCCGAUCAUGCCAAUUCCACCUCAGCCCAUGAAUGCUCCCCCACCGCUCCCAACGAAUCCGUUGGCGCCUGCGCAGCCUCAGGCGGCCUUUUUGCCACUCUUCAACCAGACUGCGAAUCAGCGCAGGCUGGCUGUGGAGUACCCGGCGCAAUUCUCAGGCCCGGCUCACGCAGGCCGCUGGACCGUACAAUGUGUUGUCAACGGCAUUCCCAAAGGUGAAGGAUCCGGUGCUAGCAAGCAGCUCGCCAAGGAAGAAGCGGCUAGACAAGCCUAUUAUGCCAUGGGUUGGGCUCCGCGUAAGUAUAGCAGUUAA